ACAACGGCAAGUAUAGGCUAGAGCGCCCUCUUUGUCAUGGAUGUCCCUUGAAGCAAAUAUAAAUAUGAUGAGUGGUGUAUCAAAAUGACACGUAGCGAUAUUUCGCAGUAUUUAUUUUACAUAAUUCACUGAUGCCAUUGACGGCGCUAGCGGCUAGACGUCCUAUUCAUUUUAGAUGGAAGGGCUGGCAGUGAUCAUGAAGUUUGCCUUGAAUGAUGGAGACUUCUGAAACAAAGUCAGAUAAUAGGAUUGAGAUCAAAAUAACUAUAGCUCGUGCAACCAACAUGCAUGGAAAAAAGGCAGGAACUGUCCAAAGUUUUCUUCGAAUGGAUAUCAAUGGUACGAUGGUAGGAGAGUCUGAAAAACGUACGGUCGACCCUGCGGCCCAGUACAUUGAGUAUGACUUCACCCACAAAUUUAAAUGCUAUAAUGAAGCGCUGGCUCUCAAUGAUAUCCUGCAUAAACCAGUCGUAGUGACGUUAACAGAGCUUGUUCCUGAGAAGAAAAAGGUGGAGGCAAAGUCAAUAGUUCUGGGUGAGGCAGUGAUCGACCUGAUGCCUUUACUGCAAGGUGUAUGCAGCUUCACAUCCACACCUACACUGCAUGCAGUAAACGGUGCUACAGAAAAGGUCUCCACCCCACCCCUCGUUACCAAGCAUCCGGUUUUGGAUGUUUGUGUCAGUGCAUCAGCUCCAUUACUGACCGAAGAACAACUUGCAUCUUCCAACCUGAUGAAGGUGUCUUUGGAGACACUUUAUUCACUUCCUGACACAUUUAAUCAAGGUUUUGGGCCAACAGCCCCUCCAUACAUAUGCACUGCAAUAAUGGAGGUCCCAUGUACCGCAGAGAAGGACCAGCUAAUGUUGUUUAGUGAAGGACAACUCAAGGCAGGGGGGCACAGGGAAGACAAUGACCGACAAAGGAAGAGGCCACAUCAUGCCCUCCUGAGCCCUGGGAAUCAAUUCCUGCCAGAUGCUUUUUUCCACUCUCAACCCAUUGAUCAAGAAGAUGGCGAGCUUACUGGUAUAGAGGACUGCGAGUUCCGUAAUGAAGCUGAGACCAUGCUGAACAGAGUGAGCUGGGACAUAGAAAUGCCCUGUUUUCUGGAUGCAGAUGGAGUUACCAGGCUCCGUCAGAAAAUCACAGAGAGCAGAUACUGGCCACUUGAGAUCAUGAAGUCAACGCUUGCCAAUGAAAAGUCAGGUGCAGCUCCCAAGGGGCAAACAGAGGAGGAACCACAUGUCCCCUCCCAUGGUGUGGCCUUUAUUGACAUGGGCCGCUUACUUUAUCCAGGAGUUACCCAUAUCCGUGGGGCAUAUACUAUUCAACCUUAUUCGAGCACAUUAUUGCUCAACAAGACCAGGAGAAAUGUCAGUUUGUUAAAAGAACAAUUAAAGCCAGGAAGCAGUAAAGACCGUUCUGGUGCAGGUGCAGCUAGUUCUGCAAAGCCCAAUGCGGGAAAGGCCAAAGAUGGCAAGGGGCAUGUUAAGGGGACUGGCAAUCAAAAUGGAACUGAUUCUAACGGCUCUGAUCACAUUCCUCCAGACAGAAAAGCAUAUUUGGACUUCAGGACAUACAUUAUCAUUGAAAUCACAUUAACAAAUGCACUCAUACCCAAAACGUCAACAGAAGAAUUGGCAAAAAGGGUGAAAGCACUGAUCCCCCCAAGACCUCCAUCAACUGGAGGACCGAACAAAGCUGAAAAAGCAGUACUGAACUUUCACAAGCAGGUGAUCAAUGUGGUGAAACAUAUUUUGGAGCAGUAUGAGGAGUUGUUUGGAACGAGACUCAAACUGCCCAAUGACUGUAAUCGAGAGCAAAUGAUGGCUCAGCUGAUGGGAGCGCUCAAUGUGUCUGGGAGAUAUUUUGCCUUCAAAGAGCAAAUAAAGCCCGCUGUAGUGAAGUUUGUGCGUGACAAGAUGCAGCAGACAGACACAUUUACUGAGCAGCAGGAUCUGCAUGAAUUCGUCAGCAAGCUCUAUGUGGACCUUGUAGAUGAGACGCAUGUUGCUCUCAACAAAAUCUAUUCAAAUGGAAGUGAAGAUGACUCUCCGGAUGAGAUCCAUUUGACUACCUCUCAUCUUAAACAUUUUGCCCGAGAGGCUCAGCUCAUUGGGAAUUAUCCGCUGGCUGUUCAUUAUUACAAAGAGCUGGUCGUCAGACAUCCCCGUGAACCCUCUUACAAGUUUAAUUGGGGAAACCUUUACAUGGAGACCGGAGAUUACAUAAAGGCAAAAAUGUGUUUCCAAGAUGCUGUUGCUGUCCAGCAGGCUCACCAGCCCAGUCUGAUUAUGUGUGGUGUGCUGGCAGCCAUGUUUAAUGAUUUUGAGCAGGCUGAGACUUUCUUGGAGCGAGCUUCCAGCAUGGAGCCUCUGAGUUUGGUGGCCUGGACUUUGCUUGGUUUGGUCCAGGACAGCCAAAACAAAUGCAUCCUAGCUGAAAGGGCAUUCCUGGAAGCCAAAAGCCUUCUGAAAGGAAAGGAAGCAAGCAAUCAGUCCCACAAUACAGAAGAGUCAGAUGUAGAUGAAGAAAACGAGAGGCAGAAGGACCAGGAAGUGGAAAGUCUACCCACAAGCCACUCUUCUAAUAAAAAGCAUAGCGACACUGAGAAUGGUGAAACAGUGCCUAGUGAACCUAAAGAGAAAGUAAUCUCCAAGUCCAUUUACACAGAGACCCUUGAGUUUCUCUUGCACAACCAUGCCCUUGAGAUGGCAGAGCACGCUCUUUCCAAGGAACUGAAUUCAGAUGGCAAUCAUAGUUUUCAUCUGGCUUGUGUGCAGUCACUCAGAGCUGAGUAUUGCAGUGCCAUUGCCACCCUCAGGGAGGCGCUACUUCGGGUAGAGCCGGUAGCAGAUAUGUGGGCUCUGGAUGGUCACUGUCACUACAUGUGUGGCUCAUUUCCUGAGGCCCAGGGGAGUUAUGAACGGAGUCUAGACUUCCCAGAGCAGCCUACAGACACCCACCUUGUUCUUCUCCGCCUGGGAUCCAUCUAUCUCCAGGAGGGAAAGUUUGAGCAAGCUAAAAUGACGUACCUGCUAGCUUGUGAAAGAUCUCCCUCCUGCCUAACCUGGUUAGGCCUCGGUAUCUCCUGUUACCGGCUGGAGGAGCUUUCAUUAGCUGAAGAAGCUUUGACAGAGGCCAACCAUUUGAACAACCAGAAUGCCGAGGUUUGGGCCUACUUGGCGCUUAUAUGCCUCAGGUUUGACAGGCAAGAGGAGGCGACGCUGUUUUACAAAUAUGCUAUCAGGUUCAAUCUGGAGAACAUUUCACUUCACAAGGAGGUAAAAGAGCUGCAGGAUCAAGUCCAAACCCGUCCUCUGGCAUCAUGCUUUGAACCACACUCUUGACGCAGUAGUUUGAAUGUUUGAAGAAAACUCAAGCACAGAGCCUAUUAUUGUAACGUGUCUAAAAUACUUUUACUGUAGUGAACUGUUUUUCUCUUAAAGAGUACCAUGGACUUAAAGACUUAUAGGCUCUAAUAAGCCGCAAUUGGUCUCUUUUACUGAAAUAUGUUAUUAGAAACACAUAAAAUAUUGCCAUUGUUUUAAAAUUCUAUCAUAUUUAGUGCAUGUUUUGGCCUUAGGAAGGCGCCAUGUUUUACGUGCACAAUGCUCGCUGGGGUGAUGACGUGGUUGGGUUGUACUGGGAAACUUGUGCUCUGUACACAAAAAUACACAUGGCAACUGGCAUAAUUUUGUCACAUUCUGCUGCUGGUCAUAUUUUUUUGUAACAGAGUUGUGGGAUGAGUUCCCGACAUUGUACCUGCAUCCAAUUCCAGCUCAUCAGCAAUGUCUUUAAACCGAUCCUAGGCGGGUUGGCGAGAUAUUGACUUGCUGCCAUUUGACAGUUUGUAUUCUCGAUCCCUUCGUUACUAGUUGCAUCCUUGCCUUGGUUUUUUCGUUUGUCUGCCUAGCACCACGGUGUACCCUUUUUUUUUUCUAUUGAUCCCAUCUACUGUCACGGACCUUUUUUUGUCUCUCUUUUCGCAAUCGUGUUUUUUUUUUGGUGUGUGUUCAAUACAAUAAUCUACUCUGACGGACCCUUUUUUUUUUUUGUCUCUUUUCGCGACCGUGGUUUUUUUUUGUGUGUGUGUGUUCAAUAAACCCUUGUACACAAUCCCUUUGUAAUUGUUGUCUGUUUUGGGGUCCUAUCUUGCUACCUUUAUUUACAGCAUACUCAUGUUGCGUUUGUAUUUUUAUGAUGCAACUUGUUUAUUUGGCACCUUUUGGAUAAUGAGAGUCCAACUGAAUGUAAAAGAGUGCUUAUUCACCUCCACAAAAGCUUCGUCAGCAAAAUCUGAUAAGGGCGCAAAAUUUGAGCGCUCCAGCAGGACAAUCAUCAAUCUGGACCACGCUUUUAUGUGACAAAAAUAUGAUGGUUGGUGCAGCAGUCUGUCACGGAGUCGGAGCCUAUUAGACGUCUCAGUUGAGGCAAACGGCAUCAACGUUUUCGUGUGCUGUAAUGCAGGGGCUAUCCGCAAAAAUAAACUGCUCUGUUUCACUGUAUAUCCUAGCCAUAUGGAAAGCACACGGCAGCUCUGGAUGCUAACAAUCUCCAUAAUUAUAUUGGAAUAAGUUUGAUCACACAAUAGUUUACCGUGAAGAUCUGCAAACAAAAACUGGAGUCCUGUAUAGGGGUCAACAUCACUAAACGGAUUUGUCACAAGAACACUACCGGUUUUUUCCUAGUCUCAUCUUGGCUCAUCCCGUCUUUCAUGUUCAUUUUGCUUUUGCUGCUCUUUUUGUGAAAUAUCGACAGUGCUGUCCUGCUCAUUAAUGUUCCUCUCGGGUUAAAAUUGAAAGGGCUGAACAGAUGACAUGUUUAUGUUGCUAGAGUCAUACUAUGGAAGCCUGGCAGCGCAACCCAAUUUCGUCACCGCUCAGAGUGCAUUGCGUCAUCAAUAACAAUGGCGACCUAGUAGUUAAACUAAUUUUACAAAUCUUAUAAAAGCAAAAACAUUAAAGGGUUUUUUAAAUAUCAAAUUAUCAUAACUCAUACUAACAUUUAUCUUCUAAGAACUACAAGUCUAUCUAUCUGUGGUUCCCUUUAAAAUAUGUACCAGUACCACUGAUCUAAAUGGAAUAAUCUGAAUAAUCUGUUAGUUCAUAUUUCACUGUAUGUACAUAUACUGUAUAUGAUAUACACACGUUUUGUACUUCGUAAAACUCCCGGAAAAGUGGAAGAGAGUAAAUAGUACAAAAGAGUAGGAACAUGAGGACUUUUUUCCCCCUAGUAUCUGAUCAGGACUCUGUAUUGCAAAUAGUCAUAGCUGGUCCCAUUUAAUGGCCACACACUUCAAGUGGAUGUCACAUAAAGAGGGAUACUUGAACUGCUAUAAACGAGUAUAGCCAAUCAAGUAAUGGAGGUCAAGAGCAUCACCAACUCGGCGAUGUGUAAACAUUGUCUUUUGUUAAGCUAAUACGAUAAAAUCAAGCAUAAUAGUUGACUGUUGGCAAUAACACUCAAAUGCUUCCUCACAGAUAUACAGUAUAUGAAUUAUGAGCUGAGUAUAGCAGAUUUAGUCAUGGUAUAAUGGUUAAGAAGUGUUGUGUUCGCAAUUGCUAGUAUAUUGGAAUGCAUCACAGUGUGCAUUCACAAACAACUUCAAGAGGCACUGUGAAAUUUAGGUUACUGGAAAGCAAUUCAAUAUGGAGCGAAAACCUUUAGCGAGAACAGUUCAAACUCAAAUGUGUGUUCAAAUAAGUGGCCACGAUUGAAGUAAAACUGUUGAUUAUCAUAUUACAAACACACAGUAAAGUACACAGUCUGAAGUAUACAAUACAAUAGUAAUACAUGCAGGAUUUUAAAAUAUGCAGCGUAAAAAUGACAAUAAUUACAAUAAACUUCAAGUCUUUUUAAUUGCCCUAACAUGAUAUUCAAACAAACAUUUUUCAAGACUUAAAAAACAAUUUGGCACAUGGAAAUAAAAAAAUCACUACUAUGAUUCCCAUGUAAUGUGGCAAUGUUAUUUCAUGGUUAAGUACAUAAAAAUAAAUUAUGCCAGCAAUGUAUUAACAGUAUUAUUCAUUUAAAAAAUGCAGCAGCUUUCAGGAAUAUACAGUGGGGCAAAAAAGUAUUUUGUCCACCACCAAUUGUGCAAGUUCUCCCACUUAAAAAGAUGCGACAGGCCUGUAAUUUCUAUCAUAGUUAUACUUCCAACUAUGAGAGCUAAAAUGAG